UUUCUUUUUCACAGAAAAUCAAGAUUCAAAUCAAUGGCUACUUCGAUUCUUCCCCUUCUUCUAACCAUCCUUUUCUCUGUCUCUCUCUCAGAAGGCAGAGAGUUUUUCGCCGGCGGCCAUUCUGAUUCCUGGAAAAUCCCUUCAUCUCCGGAGGAUUUGAGUGAUUGGUCAGGGAGAAUGCGGUUCCUUAUUGGCGAUUCUCUGGUUUGGAAAUACGAUCCCAAAUCGGACUCUGUUUUGGAAGUGAGUGAAGAAGAUUUCAACAGCUGCAACACAGAGAACCCUAUCAGCAAACAUGACGACGGGAAUACCAAGAUUGUUCUGAACAGAUCUGGGCCGUUUUACUUUAUCAGUGGAGCUGAGGGAAGUUGUCAGAAGGGAGAGAAGAUUCACAUCAGGGUUUUGUCUAAGAAACAUAGAGGGAUUGUUGCUGUAACUCCGGCACCAGCGCCGGCUGAAAGUGAGAUUCAUGCUCCGGCACCGGCGCCGGCUGUUGGUGGUGCUGUGGCCUUGAAGGGUGGUGCGGUGAUGAUGGGUUUGGUUAUGGGUUUAUUUGUUGCUUUUGUUUAGGUUGUUGUUGAUGGAUGGAUGGAUGGAUGGAUGGAUGGAUGGAUGGACGGUUUGGAUGAAUUGUCUUUUUAGAUCAAUUUAGUGAUUUAAUAAUAUGAAUAUGAUAUAUGGGUAUGUUAAAUUGUUUUGUUGUUUUUAUUUUUUAGUUUAAUUUUUGAAAUGAUGCUUUUUUAUU